AUGAUCAACCUAUUACUGUUUAUCUUUUUCGCCUACCAUGGGGGUUUUUCGGCCAAAUUUCCGGGACUAACCGAAUGCUUUUGCAACGAGGAUGACACAAAUGGGCUUUAUCCGUGCAACGAGGAUGUUUGCAACGCGCCAAAGUGCGUCAUUCAAGGCCAAACCAAUAAUGUAACCAACGAAAAGCUUGUCUACGCUUGUGCUCAUGAUGCCGGAAUUGACGACAAGUGCUACGUUCAUAUGAACCGGAAGGGCGUUGUUACCUUUCACUGCUACUGUUCUCACGAAGCACAUUGCAACCUGCAUUAUCAGGAACUCAGCGCAAAGCUCGAAUUUGCCACCAGAACCCGUCGUAUCCCAUUUAUGAGGAGUGCUGUAAGAGUUAAACCCGAAAUUGUAAUCAUGGACAAGUCGGAAGACGAGAAGACAAUCCCAAACUACUCAGAUCAAGAGCUCAACCGAAUGACUAUUUCCUUCGCAAACCCAGUGUAUGAGGAGCCACCUUUGGAGGAGCCACCACCCAAACAUUGGGGCUCACAACGUCUUGAUGAUUACAAAAUAGAUGCAAAAAUUGGUCAAGGUGCUUAUGGAAAGAUUUACAAGGCUGUGAAAAAACACACAGGUGAAGUUGUGGUGUUAAAGAAAUUUGCAAUGGAUGAUCGGCGACCUUCGGUUGGGUUAGAGCGUGAGGUUGAGCUGCUACGGCCAAUUAGCCAUCAAAAUAUUAUCCGGUUGAUUGAUAUGAUUGUGGAGAAGAGUAAGGAGGCUGAUGAUGAUGAUCCUGUGGCCCAUUACCUCGUCCUCGAGUUUGUCCACCAUGAUCUCUACGGAUUGUUGAACACGGACUCCGUCAUGUUUACCGUACCCCAGAUCGGUGCGCUUUUCAAGCAACUGAUGGAGUUCAUCAUGCAUCGGGAUAUUAAAUCGACAAACAUUUUGGUGUCGAAUAGGGGCGUCGUGAAGCUGGCUGAUUUUGGAUUGGGAACUUAUUAUCACACGGGUGCUGAGCGUCGCGUGCACACUAAUGAGGUGUGUACGCUUUGGUAUCGCCCUCCGGAGCUACUGUAUGGGGAAGAGUGCUAUGGGGCGAGCGUUGAUAUUUGGAGUUGUGGCUGCGUUUUGGCAGAAAUGUUCCUUCGACGUGCUCUAAUCGCCGCUCAAACUGAAGCAGCCCAGAUCGACGCCAUCCACAAGGCAAGUGAAGAAAUUCCUUUAUAUCCAAAGUAUGUGCAGAUUUGCGGUACGCCCACCAAGGCAACAUGGCCCGAAUUUUUUGUGAUGCCAAAAUACAAGGCUUUGGCUCCAUCGAAAGUGUACCCGCGGUCACUGCGAAGCCAUCUUGAAUUCGUCCCAUUCGAGCCGUUCGACCUCCUCGACAAAAUUUUGGUCUCAAACCCAGGAAAGCGCCCGCGUGCGGUCGAUAUUCUAGAUCAUCCAUUCAUGAAAAAUACUCUUGUCACUCAGCCCGACGCCACCAACUACUCCUCCAAUCCAGCCACCCAGUCGGCCCCUGAAACGUACCAAGGCACUUUUCGAUUUGCGCCG